CGAAACCAGCGGACUGACUCACAGUCACGAGAAACGAAACUAAACAAAGAUUUAAGCGCACUGAGAAUGAUGCAUCAGUAAUUAUUACAGAAGAGAAGAGUGAAAGACCAUAACCGGUCUCCUCAGAUCUGAACAGCUGUAAAAUGGUCAAUCCAAGAGGAGGAGGACAACAAAGAGGAAGAGGAGGACAGCAAAGAGGAGGUGCCAAUGCCCAGCCAAGACAAGACGGUUCUGGGUCUGGUCAAAGACAAGCGAGUGGGUCUCCUAAUCGAGGUAGAGGAAGAGGAGGUGGCCGUGGGGAAGGAGGAGGAAGGGGAAGUGGAGGAGGAAAUGGAAGGGGUAGAGGGCAGAGGAGUGCAGAAGACAGGAGUACCCACCAAGCCAGUGAAAGUACGAAUGCUCAAAGGGAGAGACACAAGGGUGAAAAAGCUAAAAGUGCAAGAGGAGGUGGGCAGGGACGAGGAGGAGGAGGAAACGGAGGAGGAAACGGAGGAGGAAGAGGAGGAGGAGGAGAUGGAAAGGGUAGAGGAGAGAGUAAAGGCCAAGACAUGCAUGGCCAUCAUCAGUGGGGAGCAGCCAGCAACGUUCUUCGGGGAGCUAUGAGAUCGGGAGGCCCAGGUAACGCAUCUUUACACCGGCGUUUGCAUGGGGGGCUUGUUCAUGGUACCACCCAUACAAAUUUUAUCCAGUAUGCUGUCCCAGUCCCUGUAAAUUCAGUCUGUAGCCCUGAAGACCAGAGCAACCCACAAGCCAACGGAAGUACAUCUGACCUAAGGGUGAGUCCCCAAAAUGAAGAACUUCAAAGAGGAAGAGGGGACGUUCAGAGAGGAAGAGGGGGUCAUGGGAGAGGAAGAGGGAGAGACGGAACCCCCGAGGUACACAAACUGGGGUAUAAAACACUGGAGGGACUUCUGGAAAAAGAAGCAUCUGAGGUGGCCAUCACCCUUUCAUCUAGCUUGGGGAUCAAGACUCUACUUGAGGACAAGACGAUGAGGAAGGACUUGGUGCAACUCGUCUGCCAGGUCCUCUGCAAGGCUUUCCAGUCCAGAAUAGACCGCAAGAUUGUGCUUCAUUUAGCGGGCGUAGUCAAGGAUUCUGUGUUUUUCCGCAACAUCCUUCCAUAUUACGUGACCGGAAUGAUGUCGGAUUACAUGCCUGCUCGAAGGGAUCAGUAUCCCCAACAUUUGAGCAACAUCAUUAGCCUUCUCUCUGAUGUUCUCAACAUGUUUCCUUCAAGCUCUUUCCAAUCUGUCACUAUGUUGUUGGCUGUUCUGAAACCAGCCAUUAACCAGUUGCGAGCCUCUGGUGUGGAAAUGCCAAACACCAUUGAUGAGGACCUUGAGAGGAUCCAAGGUUUGGUUGACCAUCUUCAGGAGAAGUCAAGGGAGGGAACCUUACGGUCAGAUAAAUACUCCUUCUUAGCAGCUGAUGAAGAUGCCCCACCUGGUGAGGAAGACUUCAGGACAAUGAGCAUCUAUCCAACCCCUGAGGAGUUCCACUUAGAUCAGAAGCCUUUCCUGAGACCCAACAUUCUGGCUCAGAGCUUCCCAAAUGCUCGCAUCUAUCUUGAUACGCACUUCCGGCUUCUACGUGAAGAUUUUGUGAGGCCACUGCGAGAGGGCAUUAGGGAGAUUCUGAGGAGCCAGGAUCUCAAUGUUGUACCAAUGAAGAAGAGGCGUUUUGAUGACAUCAGAGUCUACUUUGACACUCGAUUGGUUGUGCCACUAUGCACACCAACAGGCAUUGCCUACAAAGUGCAGUUUGAUCCAAAACCGCUUCAGUUUGUCCGGUGGGAAAAUUCCAAACGUCUGCUUUACGGAUCCCUUGUCUGUCUUUCCAUGGACAACUUCAGAACUUUCCUGUUUGCUACUGUGACUGACCGGGACCCUAAACUGUUGAAGCAGGGACAGGUACACCUCUGUUUUUCAUCUGACAGUAGGGUCCGUCUGGCCAGAGUUCAGCCCUCACACUCUUUUCUGAUGGUGGAGACCACGGCAUACUUUGAGGCCUACCGAUACGUCCUAGAGGGUCUCCAGGAGCAAGAUGAGAAUGAUCUUCCCUUUCAAAGGUAUAUAGUGGAGUGCAAUACAGAGGUAUAUGCCCCAGCUUACCUGCGGAUGGAGGGGAGGAAGUACGAUCUGUCAACCAUCGUGGCAGAAGGGCAGGACAAGAUUCCACCCUUCAACCCUCUUACCCCAGAAGCCUGGCCUGAUGAGGAAACAAUGGGCCUUGAUGAAAGCCAGCUUCAAGCGCUAAAACUGGCCUUAACCAAUGAGCUGGCCAUCAUACAGGGCCCACCAGGCACAGGGAAGACAUAUGUGGGCCUGAAGAUUGCUCGGGCUCUGUUAGACAACCAUCAUGCCUGGGCUUUUGGUUCUCCAAUGCUGGUAGUCUGCUAUACCAAUCAUGCUCUUGACCAGUUUCUGGAAGGUAUCCAUAAGUUCUUAAAGGAGGGCAUUGUAAGAGUUGGAGGUCGGAGUAACAGUGAGAUUCUCAAGCAUUUCUCACUGAGGGAGCUGACCAGAACAUCAAACUUCCGUAAAGAUCUGCCGCUGCACCUCAGGAGAGCCCAUCAUGAAAUCCAUACGCAGAUGAAGGACGCAGAAGAGCUCUUAAAGAGACAGUCUGCGCAGCUGGAAUGCAGCUUGCGUGGCGUCUUAAAAGAAGACUACCUGGAAAACUACAUCAGUGAUCGACACUGGGACAGCCUGUGCCAACAACCAGUUUGGGAUGGAUUUGAGAGUGUUGGGCAGAAGUCUUCAAUGAUCGCUGAGUGGCUUGGCAUCGGAUCCUCUGUUUUUCAGAUGGGGCUUCAACAAACAGUAGACGGCGGGGCGGAGGCUGCAGAUGAUGAAGAGGCAGCACAAGAACAGGAAGAGCUGUUAGAUAUUGAUGAAGAGGCGGAUCUGAUCCAGGCAGAGCGGAUCUUGGUGGAUGCUGAGCACUGGGAUGGAAACAUUCAAAAACAGCAGAAGAAACAGGAGAGAGACAUUACAGCACUGGCUGAUAUGAUGCUGUCUAUGAACAUCGAUGAUACUGAGACACAACAACCCCAGGGUCAAACCGAGGGUCAGACUGAUGAACAGGGCUGGCAGAUGCAAGGCCACCAGAAGAAAAGAAUGAAGCAAAUGGUUCGUAAAGAGUUGAGGAAGACUUCAGUCAUGAGUGAUGAAGAGGAGAGGCGUGUCAGUGAUGUGUGGAACAUUGAUCUGAAAGACAGAUGGAGACUGUAUCGUCUCUGGGUGUUGCGGUAUCGCAGUGAUCUCCGUACGAAGGCUCUCCACGCUGAACAGGUCUUCCAGGAUGCAGCUGAGCGACUCAAUGAAAUCCGGUGUCGUGAGGACCUUUGUGUGCUGCGAAAAGCUCGUGUUGUUGGUAUGACGACCACAGGAGCGGCGAAAUACAGACAAGCUCUGCAGGAGCUGCGACCCAGACUGGUGAUUGUGGAGGAGGCAGCGGAGGUGCUGGAGGCCCACACCAUCACCACACUCAGUCGAGCCUGUCAACACCUCAUACUGAUCGGAGAUCACCAACAGCUAAGGCCUAGCGCAACAGUGUUCGAUCUGGCCAGGAAUUUCAAUCUGGAGGUUUCCAUGUUCGAGAGGCUUGUCAAAGUGAACUUCCCAUUUGUACGACUCAACUACCAGCAUCGCAUGAGACCAAGCAUUGCUCGACUCUUGACUCCUCAUAUCUAUGCAGAGCUUGAAAACCACCCUUCUGUUCAUGAGUAUGACAAUGUUAAGGGGCUUUUAACAAAUCUCUUUUUCAUGGAUCAUCCUCAUCUUGAAGAGGAGAUUAAGGAUGGGCGAAGCCAUCAAAACCUUCACGAGGCUCAUUUUGUGGUUGCGCUUUGCCGCUACCUGCUGUGUCAAGACUACAAGCCUUCUCAGAUCACCAUUCUAACGACUUACACCGGACAGCUUCACUGUCUGCGAAAGCUCAUGCCCUCUGCUCAGUUUUCUGGCGUCAAAGUCCAUGUAGUUGACAAAUAUCAAGGUGAAGAGAACGACAUUGUCAUAUUGUCUCUAGUGCGCAGCAACCUCGAGGGUAGGGUCGGUUUCCUGAACAUCUCGAACCGUGUUUGCGUUGCCCUCUCUCGCGCUAAAAUGGGUCUUUAUUGCAUUGGAAAUAUGGAGAUGCUCAGCAAAGUAACGCUGUGGAGCAAUAUCCUUCAUUGUCUAAGAGAAAAUGAUCAGGUGGGUCGUGCAUUAAUAUUGAGCUGUCAAAACCAUCCUGAAAAGCAAGCCCAUGUUUCCAGUGCUGUUGAUUUCAAGUGCGCCCCUGAGGGUGGUUGCGAUCAGCCCUGUGAAAUUCGCCUGGAAUGUGGCCAUGUGUGUACCCGUAUGUGCCACCCUUACGAUGCUGACCACAAGAAGUUCAAGUGCACCAAGGACUGCCCCAAGGUGCUGUGUGAACUUGGGCACAAAUGUCCACGCCGCUGCUACCAGAACUGUGAUCCAUGCCAGGUACGCAUAGAAAAGAUAAUACCGUCAUGUAAGCACAAGCAGAAUGUACCAUGCCACCAAGACCCAGCUGACUUUGUGUGCCAGGAGAAUUGCCAAAAGACCCUCACAUGCAGACACCCCUGCAAGGCAACUUGUGGAGAAUCUUGCACUGCUCGGUGCAUGGUGAAGGUUUCCAUGGUGCUGAAAUGUGGUCACAUGCAAGAAGAAUCAUGUCACGUAUCCAGGGAUUCCAAGAAGGAGCCACAUUGCAGGACAAGAUGUGGCACUAUGCUGAAAUGUGGCCAUCCCUGCCCCGGAACUUGUCACGGAUGCUAUCAGGGUCGCCUCCACAAAGGAUGCACCCAUAAAUGCAAGCAAACCCUUGUGUGUUCUCAUUUGUGUCGGGAGCCCUGUGUACGAAAUUGUCCACCGUGUUCCCUACCCUGCGAGAACCGUUGUAUCCACAGUGUCUGCAAGAAGACUUGUGGUCAGCCUUGCACCCCAUGUGCUGAACCCUGUGCAUGGCAGUGUCCGCACCAACGCUGUACCAAGCUGUGUCAUGAGCCAUGCGACAGACCCCCUUGUUCUGUUCCCUGUUCCAAAACCUUACCUUGUGGACACCCCUGCAUAGGUCUAUGUGGAGACCCAUGUCCAGACAAGUGUCGCAUUUGCCAUCCAGAUGAAGUAACGGAGAUCUUCUUUGGCAAUGAAGAUGAACCGGAUGCUCGCUUCAUCCAGUUAGAGGACUGUAAGCACCUUUUUGAGUCCGCAGGAAUGGACACUUACAUGGCUCUGGAUGAAGAUCAAGGGGCGGAAUUGGAUCAAAGGGCGAUCCGACUUAAGGACUGUCCCAGGUGUCGCACUCCAAUCCGUAGAAAUCUGCGGUAUGGCGCUCAUAUCAACCGCAGCCUGGCAGCAAUUGAGAUGGUAAAGGAGAAGAUCAAUGGUGAGCCUGCUGUUAACAGGCAUCACCAAGAAGCCCUUAGUUUGCAACUGGAUGGGAAGAUUAACUUGAGGGAGUAUCUUCCCAAAGAGUUUGCCCCACUCAAAGAGAUGCUCGACACAAAUAACCUUUCAUUCCAACAACUUUGGCAUCUUGAGAACUUGAUGACCUUCCUUGAGAGUUUUGGGAAGCUGAAAAAAAUGGAGAAAGAACACAUGACAGAUUUGGCCGAUAUUGUUGUGUUUUCUCGCAAGGUUGGAGAAGGCUUGAAAUUCCUGUUAGAUCCAAAUCAAAGGUUUUCAGAGCAGCAGGUAGCAGAUCUUGAACGUGAAUUGAAGAGACUCUUCUACCUGGCUGAUCUCAAUGCUCGCUGUAAAAUGGUUUUGUUGAAACUUCCAGGACAUGUGCUUGGUGCAGAGGUCCGACAGUUACGAGAGAUCCUGCAGGACACUUUGCCCUUCACUGAAGGACUAGAAGUUACAGUGAAGCGGAUGUUUACGAAGCUGGACACCAAACUUCCACGCAGUGGUCUGGGCGUCACAGAUGAGGAGAGGGUAAUGAUACUCAAAGCCAUCGGUUUGAACAAAGGUCACUGGUACAAAUGUCCCAAUGGGCACGUGUAUGCAAUAGGUGAAUGUGGAGGUGCUAUGCAGCAAAGCAAAUGUCCUGAGUGCAACGCUACCAUUGGAGGAGCUAAUCACUCUCUCGUGCACGGAAAUGCUGUGGCAACUGAGAUGGAUGGUGCACAACAUCCUGCUUGGUCAGAAGCUGCCAACUUGGCAAACUUUGACCUCGCUAACUUGUGAAUGCGUUUAAAAGUCCAGUUACUGAGAUUACAUUAUGAGUUACAGUCAUAGAGAUCUAUGAUCUCAGUGGGUUUUUAGGUUGUAUUUAGGUUUAUCGACAAAACCCAUCCAAAACCCAACCAUUCGAUUGCUUAGGAGACCUGGCUGGAGUCACUCAGCAUGCCCUGGAUUCGAACUCACGACUCCAGGGGUGGUAGCCAGCGUCAAUACUGCUCCAAAAGCUGCUCAAACUACUACUCAAAAAAUGAAAUUUCUUAUCAAAAAUAAUUAACCAAGCUCAAAAUUGCUAUUGUUACAAAAUAUGUAUAUGUGAUACGUCAGAUUACAAAUAACUGUGAAUGUGUCUCCGCCAAACACUCUGCCCCUGUUGGGCAGCGGUGAUUUUAUGUUUCAUAUGCUGUCAAUCAUGUACAACAUCAUAUAUACUGUAGAAGCCAAGCUUCCAGCCGGGACAAAAAUACAUUGAUUGAAAGCCCAGUGUCCAAUCAGUUGCAGAUCCUCUGCAAAUAACUAAGCUCCCAAGGCCUCCGGGCGGGAUCCAAAAUGACGUGUUCAGUGCUUCUCUUCCAAAUGUUAUUUAUAUAGAUUAUUUAUACAUAUUAAAUUCAUCAUUUCAGCAUUUCCUAUUAAAUUGUUUGAGAAGCCGUGCUUACUGUGUACUCUUAAAGCAAUCCCUACUGGUGUGUACUGUAUGUCUGUUAUUUGAUUCACUCACAUCGUAUAAUGUUUUUUUAUUUUACAGUGUAAUAACUGGCCACCAUUAACUGUCUUAUUUGCUUGCCAAAGGCUAUUUAGCAUUUGUCACUUGGCAAGUGUUCAUUUUGAAACCCCCCCACCCCAUUUUGGAUUCUGUUUGGACAAGUCAGCCUUCCAGUCAUGUUAAGAUACACAAUAUGCUAUUACGAAAACACCAGUUCACUAGCUAAUGCAUAUAUCACUUAAAUGGCACUUAAUAAAUUUGCUAAAUAAAGUUAUAUGUUUAAUGAA